UAAUUAAUAGACAUCAUUCUGAGAAAUGGUGGAAGUCAUUUGCUGGUGUACUUAUUUCUGGUCAUUAUUUAAGAGAAGAAUCCGUUCCUAAUGGUUUUGGUAGUACAGUAUCUUUAUCAAUUAAAGGGAGCAGGUGGUAUGAUAGGUUUGAAUCUGAUCCAGAUGGUACAACAAUUGAUGUAAUACCAACCAAUGACAUGAUAGCGUACGAUAAAGAACAACAAAAACAGCAUUCAAUAAUUCCUUCAAGUCUUAAUCCAAAAUAUGCCGCAUCAGCAGCAGACACGUUUAUAGCCAGCAGUGAUUCCUCAUUGAUAAUUCCAUUGAAAGAUGAUCCUUCAAGUUACAAUGUAUUAUUAGUUAACAUGAAGAAUGUGGGUGGGGAAGUGGGUGGAGCUAAUGUCCCAAUUAAAGACAAAGAGACUGAAGCAUUGGAGAGUGCUCUGUAUGAGGAGCUGGUCAGUUAUAGAAACCAAAUAGCUCAUGAAACUGACAUACCUCCUUUCAUGAUAGCGUCUAACAAACUACUAGGUAUUCUGUCUUUAUCUCGUCCUACUACUGAGGAAUCAUUGCGAUUGAUUGACGGAGUCUCUCAACAAUUUAUUACCAAAUUUGGAAUGAAAUUACUAACAAAAAUAAAAGAAUAUUGUACAGCUCAUCCAACCCUCAGGACUGACACUGAACUCAACAAAGGAAGAGAAGAUACUGACACUGAUACUGGGAAGAUACAAGUAGCCAUAAAGGUUCGUAAGUCCAUCAUUGGUCCAAUAAGUGAAAAGAAUGGAUCCUAUUAUGAUUCAUAUACACGGGAAGGACUCAGUGUGGAGGAGAUAGCUUCAAGACGUGGUGUUCAAGUUCAGACUGUCAUGGGACACUUAGUGGAUUGUUAUGAAGCUGGGUACAUGCUCAACUAUAGAGAAUUGGGGUUUACUGAAGAGAUUGAGAGGCUCAUCACUGACACUAUAAGGAGGCCACCAAUAUCUUCAGACGUAGGAAGAUUAAAGCCGAUUAAAGAACAGUUACCAGAACACAUUGAGUACUGGCAGAUAAGAAUGACAAUAGCACUACUGAUGGUGACCAGUGGAUUCAUUAGGAAUAAACUAACUACAACACCAACACUGACAUCACCUACUUUAUCUUCAGGUUCUUCUGGUACAGCUAGUAAGAGAUCAUUACCAAACACUUUUAAAAGGAGCCACUCCUACAGCAGCAGCAGCAGCAGCAGUGGUGGGUAUGGUAGAGGAUACUUCACUGGGUCUAAGAAGAAAGCAAGGAAGUUCUUUUGAACUAACUCUACAACCAACCAAUGAACACUUCAUUCAUUUAUCAGCUACUAUAAUGCCCUAUUUAAUCUUGUUUAUUAAUCAACACAUUUUAUAAUUAUUAUUAUCACUUUAUUUGUUGCUUUGUAAAAAUAAUUUAAAAAAGAUGUCAGAGACAAUAAUAAUAAUAAUAACUGAUGUGUGGGAGAGUCUAACCUUCAUUAAAUAACUAAUCUCAUUAAUUAGAUCUCACCCUCACUUCCACUCCAGUCUUACUCCACAUCACAAAGAUAAUAACAUGGCUACUCUUUUUCAUGAUACUUCUCAGUCUGAAGAGAAUGGUUCUGAUGAUAAUCUCUCACUAGAAAAUGAGGAAAAGUUGAAGGCUUUGGGCUGUAGAGAAGAUCCAGUCAAUAUAUUAGUGAUUGGUCCAGCUGGUGCUGGUAAAUCAACACUCAUCAAUGCUUUGUUUGGGAAGGAUGUAGCUACGGUUGGAUAUGGAGCAAGAGGUGUUACAACUGAAAUACAUUCUUAUGAAGGAGAGUACAAAGGGGUUAGGAUAAGGGUUUAUGAUACAGUUGGGUUUGAGGGCAGAAGUGAUUGGAGUUAUUUAAGAAAUAUUAGGAGGCAUGAAAAGUAUGAUCUGGUCCUCUUGUGUACCAAGUUAGGAGGAAGAGUUGAUCGAGACACAUUCUUAGAACUGGCCUCUGUCUUACAUGAAGAAAUGUGGAAGAAGACAAUUGUCGUAUUAACAUUUGCCAAUCAGUUUAUUACACUUGGAAGUGUAGCUAAGUCCAAUGACCUGGAGGGUGAAAUAAA